AUGAGGAGUACACGAUCCAGUUCAUUUAAAUCAAAGUUCAAGAACACAGUAGAAACGGCGUUGAAUCUUGAAGACGACAAUGAUGAUUACGUUGCUGAAACUGAAGAUCAAAUUCAUGAAGAAGAACAUUUGAACCGAGAAAGAAGGUCAAAGAAAAAACUUGAUAAAGCAGUUGAACAAAAGACAACUCCUAAACCUUUAAAUGCACUAAUUUUGGAAAGAGAGAUAAGGUCGAAGAGGCAAUUUGAUAGAGUUCCAAUUGUAAAACAUUUUAAAAAUAAGGGAAUUGCUGAAAACGUCAAAGAAGAAAAAGAAGAUAAUGUUAGAAAAACAAAUAAGGAAUACCCACCUGGUUUAAGAUACCUUCCAACCAGAAUGAAAUGUGAUAACAUCACUGCAGCUGUUAUUGGGAAUGUCACCGGAACAGAAACAAGCAAUCUUGAGGAUGGGUUUUGGAUCAAUUCUGCAAAUAGUAAAAGACUUGUCCUACAAAACUCUGUUAUUGAGAUAACAGAACAAACAGUGCAUGAUAUGAUGGGGUUGCCAUUUGGUGGAGAAGACAUCAAUGAGUUACCAUUGUGUGAUAAGGGAAAUCAAAUUCUAGAAGAAUGGAGGGGACAAUAUAGUGGUGAUAAGUUCAAUGGUGAGGAGUAUUUAAGAAGGAUUCAGGCUACAACGAAGGAUAAUUUGAUGUUUAGGCUGAAUUUUUUGACCCUAUUUGUUAACAACUUCAUAGAGUCAAUGUUGAUGGGAACAAAUCAAAUAAAAGUGGUAAGGAAGUUGGUGUUGGUAGAAGACUUCUCAAAGUUAAAUUGGUGUAAAUAUAUGCUUGAUUGUUUGGGAUCUAGAAAAAAACUAUGGAAAAGGGAUGACAAAUCAAGCUACUACAGUGGUCCUAUUACACUUCUGAUUUUGGUGUACGUGUAUAACAUGAAGUAUUCUAUCAAGAUAGACAAAAGGCUUCCUUUUAUUGGGCAUAUAAAUGGUGCUAAAUUGUUAGAGGUUCAAAAAUUAGAAAUCAGUUUGGGAGGGUUCGGGAGGCAGUUUCGGGAUGAGCAUGAUGAUGUCGAUAUGGUCGAUGAAACAGGAGCUGAAGAACAGCAAAUGCUAAGCUUUAAGAGGGAUUUUGGAGAUGAAGAGGCAUACGCAGCUGUUAUAGAGCAUAGUUAUGGGGUUAUUGUAACAGAGAAAAGUACUAUGGAGGUUGCGUUGAAGGAUGGGUUGUUAAAAUUCCCUCAUAGUGUGGUGCUGAAUGAGUGGAUGGAGAAAAUGAAUGAACUUUUUAAGGGAGUAUUUAAAGGGGCAGGUAACCAAAAAGUGCAUGAGCCUGCCUGCUUUAAUGAGGUAAAUAUGAAUGAUGUAGGUGAUGGCGGUGAAGGAAAUAGUUCACCUGUUAGAGGAUUGAUACUUACUGAAGUAAAUACUGAAAAGGACGACAAUUAUACCACACCUGUUGAUACGACUUCUUUAACAAUGACUCAGUUUCAUUGA